AUCGCCGGCGCAGCCGAGCCCUGCGCGCCUGUGCCUGCGCCGCCCGCCCCAGGCCCCGGCCUCGGCCGAGCGAUGCUGCUGCUGGCGGCCGCCUUCCUCGUGGCGUUCGUGCUGCUGCUCUACAUGGUGUCUCCGCUCAUCAGCCCCAAGCCCCUCGCCCUGCCCGGGGCGCAUGUGGUGGUUACAGGAGGCUCCAGUGGCAUCGGAAAAUGCAUUGCUAUCGAGUGCUAUAAACAAGGAGCUUUUAUAACCCUGGUUGCCCGAAAUGAGGACAAACUGUUGCAGGCAAAGAAAGAAAUCGAAAAACACUCUAUUAAUGAUAAACAGGUGGUGCUUUGUAUAUCAGUUGAUGUAUCUCAAGACUAUAGCCAAGUAGAGAAUGUCAUAAAACAAGCACAAGAGAAACUGGGCCCAGUGGACAUGCUUGUAAACUGUGCGGGAAUGUCACUUGCAGGAACAUUUGAAGAUCUUGAAGUUAGUACUUUUGAAAGAUUAAUGAGCGUCAACUACCUGGGCAGCGUGUACCCCAGCCGAGCGGUGAUCACCACCAUGAAGGAACGCCGCGUGGGCAGGAUUGUCUUCGUGUCCUCCCAGGCAGGGCAGUUGGGCUUGUUUGGUUUCACAGCCUACUCUUCAUCCAAGUUUGCCAUCAGGGGAUUGGCGGAAGCUUUGCAGAUGGAGGUGAAGCCGUAUAAUGUGUACAUCACAGUUGCCUACCCACCAGACACAGACACCCCCGGGUUUGCAGAAGAAAACAAAACCAAGCCUUUGGAGACUCGUCUUAUUUCAGAGACCACAUCUGUUUGCAAACCAGAACAAGUGGCCAAACAAAUUGUUAAAGAUGCCAUACAAGGAAAUUUCAACAGUUCCAUCGGCUCAGACGGGUACAUGCUCUCGUCCCUGACCUGUGGAAUGGCUCCGGUAACUUCCAUCACUGAAGGGCUCCAGCAGGUAGUCACCAUGGGCCUCUUCCGUACGAUUGCUUUGUUUUACCUUGGAAGCUUCGACAGUAUAGUUCGUCGCUGCAUGAUGCAGAGAGCGAAAUCUGAAAUUGCAGACAAAACUGCCUAAUUCUUAUCCCUUGGAAAAAGACUUUCUAAAUAAUUUGACCAGCUUGCUGCUAAACGGGACGCAGCGUUUGGCCUGCAGACAUUCAUGUCUCGCUUUCGAAUCUGUGAGAUUGGACCAGUGCUCUUCAGAAACCUGGCUGCAAGCAGGGGGAUAGACGUUCAACUCCAGAGAAUAUUAUUAAUACUAUGCAAAUUUGGAGCAGGAGACCACUUGAUUCUCCGAGGCGGAGAAGUGAUGGUAAGGGAAUUCAUAGCGUGUGAGCAGGGUAAAGGUCAGGAUUCCAGAGUGAUCACUGAAAUUUUUUUUCUAUUUAUUCUUUUUUUUCCCUGGUAGAGAUCAAGUCCAGAAAUGUACUUUCCAAGCACUUUUUUAACCUUUAAUGAGAGGCAGUUUAUGGGUUUCUGGGGCCUUUUUCUUUUCUUUUUUCUUUUUUUCUUUUUAACUUGGUGUAUUUUAUUCCAGAUGCAUUUUAUACAUUGCUGUUGUGUCUGAGUGCAUAGUAACGUCCCUCACUUACUCUGUUGCUGGUGGACUCUCGUGGCUUCUCUCUCUUUGAUCCCAUAAAACUACAAGGGGGAUGGGAGAGGGCAAUGCAGUGGAACAAAGGAGGUGAAUAUUUUCCAGUUGGAAAAAAUAAGGCUUUCUUGUCUUCUUUAGACUCAAAUGCUUAGGGCACUGUUCAUUUUUUGUUCACCGGGAAAGGCAGGCUCUAAAAUGUUUUCUGAAGAGAAGGCAGAUCUUAGAAGCUUAAAAGUUUACAAUUAAUUCAAUAGCCAUGAUGACCUGAAGCUCACCCAUUCCAUUGUCUUAUUCUUCCCAUAUCUUCCUUUCCAAUUUUGCUUAUACUGCUAUAAUAUUUUUGUAAAAAAAAAGAGAAGACCAGUUUUUUUGACUUGACUUUUUAAAUUAAUUAAUGAAUUUAUUAAAGCAAAUGAAAAAAUUAGAAA